AUGCCCAAUUCCACGUACUCACACCCAUCAGUGCUGGCGCUCAGCUUUGGGCAAAUGACGGAGGUGAAGUAUCUCUAUGGAGCCAUUGUUUUUCUCAUAUUCCUGAUGAUCGCUGUGUCCAGCAGCACCGUGAUCUGCACCAUCAUCUUGCACAGGACUUUGCACGAGCCAAUGUACAUCUUUAUUGCCGCUCUGUGCAUGAAUGGACUCUAUGGCAGCAUUUGCUUCUUUCCUGCUCUCUUUGUUAACCUUGUUUCCCAAAUCCAAACCAUUUCCUAUAUCAGCUGCUUAAUCCAGAUAUUUGGUAUCCAUACUUAUAUUGGGUGUGAGAUAACAGUCCUGGCUGCCAUGGCAUUUGACCGGUACGUGUGUAUCUGUAACCCUCUGAGAUACAACAGCUUGAUGACCUUCAGCAACGUGUUUAAGAUCAUUGGUGCCGCCUGGUUGUACAUUAUUAUCAUAAUCACAAUCCACGUGAUACUGACCAUCCGCCUGCCCUUGUGUGGCUCAGUCAUAGAGAAGAUCUACUGUGACAACUGGUCAGUGGUCAGACUCUCCUGCAUAGACACCACCGUGAAUAAUAUAUUUGGCAUACUAAUAACAUCAGUCACUAGCUUGCUGUUUGUGUACAUCUUUAUCUCAUAUGUGAAGAUUCUAAUGGUGUGCAUGAAGUCUUCUAAGAAUGUCAAAGCUAAAGCCUUGCAGACCUGCACCCCUCACCUUGUAUCUCUCACCUACUUUGCAGCAAAUAUCCUCUGUGAGAUAAUUCUGCUUCGUUUCCCUGUUAAUACCAUGCCGUAUGAACUAAAGAUUAUCAUAUCUGUGCAAGCUUAUGUCUUUGCUCCUCUUCUAAACCCCCUAAUGUAUGGUCUGAAAAUGAGAGAAAUAAGUGUAAAAAUCAGUCAGAUCAAUCAAUUAAGUGGCAGAAAGAUGUGGGAAUGA